GUUUCGUACUCAACGCGCUACCUCCACUAAGGUGUUUCGUCGCUACGGCAUUCGUCACCGUCACUUGGGUUGAGUUUUCGUGGCGGUGGCGGUAAUCGUAACGACAUGGGUACGCUAGUCAAGCAAGUGCUACAAGCUUUCUUUCCCGGAAAAUGCUACGACGAGAUAAUCGUACGACACAACUUCGAAAAUGUGGGCUGUCUCAAGUUAGCGUUGAGCAAAUGUCUAGGCUACGGCAUCAUAGUUGGAUCCACACUGGUGAAAGUGCCGCAGAUCAUGAAGAUCGUGCAGACGCAGAGCGGUGAAGGCAUCAGCGUCACCUCGGUCCUCAUGGAGCUGAUGGGCAUGACGGCCACGGCCGCCUACAGCUACGCACAGCGGUACCCAUUCAGCUCGUGGGGCGAGGGCCUGUUCCUGAUGCUGGAGACGGCGCUGAUCGCUGCGCUCGUGAUGCGCUACCGGGGCCAGACGAGCCGCGUGCUGGGCUUCACGGCCUCGUACACCUGCCUGCUGGCCAUGCUGAUGAUGAAGGUGGUGCCCGUGCCCGUGCUCUGGUCGGCACAGCUGCUCAGCCUGCCCGUCAUUAUCUGCGGAAAGCUGAUGCAGGUGUGGAGCAACUAUCGGCAAGGCCAUACGGGCCAGCUGUCCCUGAUCACGUCGGCAUUGCUCUUUCUUGGUGGCGUGGCACGAAUCUUCACUUCGCUCACCGAAACCGGCGAUCCGCUCAUCGUGGUUACCUUCUGUCUCGCCACCAUCGCCAACUCGCUCAUCUUUGGACAGGUUCUAUAUUACUGGGAUGCCACUAACAAGCAGGUUAAAAAGAAGACCAAAUAGCCUUCCCAGACUGAAGCGAGACACAUCGUGUCGGUGGCUUUGGGAACUUGGACAGUGAAACGAGGAUAUUGGUGAAAAAAAGCCUCUUUGAAAGAAAGGAGUGUGGUCAUCCUCCUUUUUUCUUUUCGUCGUCUUGUGGCUGUGGUCCAAGCAGGUGCAGCUGACAGCCGCCGUUCCUUGCCACCAGGCUGCGUACCUAUGAAUAUACCACAGCGUGGGAUAAAUCAUUCCUUGGCGAGGCAUGCUUUCGCCGCCAGUGGCAAAGGUAUACACUGGCAGCUGUGUAUAGGAUUGAAAUGACAAAUGUUGUGAUGCCCUGCUUCAAGAUGACGCCUCGUUCAUUGCUUUAUUAACUGCUGGGUUCUUUUGCUUAAGUAUUGUCUGUGUCUUGGUAGACUUCGUUUUUCUCUUUAAGCCUUUAAGAGGGAGCUAUCUUCUGUGAAACUGUCUCGAUCUUCUCUUGUAUUUGUUAUCAGAUUCCUUCUCAUUCCUGUCUUUUUUUGCUUCCCUUUAUUUUAUUUUAUUUUUUCAUUUCAUUAGCUCCGUGCCAAAGCCACAGUUCUAGCUCAAGCACGAGCCAGUGUAGAGUACACAAAAGUUGUUUCAUUGCGUCCCCUUAUGGCACAGAACAUGAAAAAUAUGCGAAAAACGCUUGUCAUGCAAGUGAAGUCUACAGGCUGCAACGGAAUUCGCUGUAUGAAAUUCUAACGAGAUGUAACAAUGACACUUAUGCUGUUUGCACUGUUUAGGGGACACGCUUUAAGCACACAUGUUGGCAUUCCAUUGUGUAAGGCUAAUCACAAUAUGUGUUGACAUAUGUUAGCACCCUUGCACUCCUGUAUAUUCUCGACUAAAAUGUCAGAUUAAUUUUAGGUAACGUGCAUUGUUUCGUUCUCGCUUCAUUUUGUGCUAGCCUUCGUCAUGUGAAGAGUUCACAAUGAUAUGCUGCUUGCCUUUCGAUCAUGUUCAUGAUCUUGAAGUUCGUGUUCUGAUGAAGUGUACGAUGUUUUCUUCAAAUUUGAUAGUGUUGUACUAUAAUUUUGCUCUGCCUCCUUAUCUUAGGUUGACACCAAUUACUACUACUCAUAGGCAUAAAGUGGUAAGACAUCUGGGGAUUAUGAUUGCAACAUUUGUAUUCAGAGUGAGACUUUUAAACCAUAGUAGAAAGAGAUCUCAAGUGCUUCCGUGAUAGCUUGUCUGCCACUAGCACAGAGGUUGAAGACUGCUGAUGGUACAGUUGCAAUCACCACCAAUCACCUCAAGGGCCUCGUUUUCAUGAGUUGAUAUUUAUCAAAAUAUAACAGUUGUCAGCUGCAAGAAUGGUGCACAUGAAAAGCACCAGAGUGCAUCCUACAAAUGUAGAGUAUAAACUAUGCCAAAGCAGGAUAAGGCAUCGUUAAUGCUAGCAAAAGCUUGAGAAAUGCAUAUACAGUUGCUGGCAUGCACAACAUGAGACUCAGAAAGAGAAUAACGUUUUAGAAUGUAGCACUGUAGUAAAAUUCUCAAGUGGCACUUUUAAACAUGUCACGAAAGCAAGCGAUUGAGCUUGCUCUAGCCGAGAAAUAUUAUAUGAUAGAUUCAGCAUUGAAGUGAGUCCGCUUUCUAUAGCAUUGUAAUAAAGUACAAAUGAAAUAUACGUCCGGGAUCUUUACCCAAAGAGUGUUGCAGUUCUCAAGGUGUGUAUUCUGCCUAGGUAAUUACUGUCACUUCUAAGUGCACUUUUGGCAACAUACAUCGCAAGAUGGUGACUUUUUGUGCAAGGCCACGUGUACAUGUAAAUGUUUUGAGAGAGAGAGAACUGUAGGCGAGCGACGUUAAAGGGACCGACAACUGGCCAUAAAGUGUCUUGAGGUUCUGGUGCUAUUAGGAAGAGUGUCUCGCAAUGACAAUGAUAAUUAUGGUUUUAUUGGUAAACAUAAUGAACUUCUAUCGGCACACAAUGUUGCACAAGAUGACGUCCUGUUGUUACACACGAACAUCGCCAAUAAAUAAGCGUUCGCCUCCCAGAAAUCAUGCAUUAGCUGUUUCCAGAUGACUUCUUGAAGACGAGGAAGGUCGUUGAUGUUAGUAUGUUUUUCGUUCACUCAAAUGUGUUAUUGAAGUAACUGAUUGCUUCUAUUAAAAAUGACACUUCUCAGCCCAUGUAAACAAUGCCAUCGUUAUGCAUCUAAUAACAUGACAACUUGUAUGAAUGAUUGUUGUACUUGGGUGAACCGCUGUCUGAACAGUGUAAAUAUAUUAUAUAUUGGCAAUACUGCAUUGUGCAUGAUGGCAUUUCUGCGUUGCAGCUGCUCCGUAAUAUCUGCAAAUGUUACGGAAAAAAUUGCCCGUGUUUCCUGGCAAUAUGUUCUUGUGUUAUAUGCUAUCGUUCACCGUCAGUUAUAAUUGUUGAUGAUGUCUUUACAUGGUUAACGUUACUGUCAAGAAUAUUAAUUUCGAAAGAAA